AUGGCGUUGCCUUCCGGUCGCGCGGCGUUCAAGAAGAAGGAUGGCUUCUUGACCUUGACACCGAAUCGACAGUUCGUAAUCUGGACUCCAGCGCCUGGCGAUGGCCCACCUACGGUUUCACUGGCCCUCAGCAACAUCACGAACCUGCAGCAGACACCAGACAGCGCAGCCAAGGUUAUGCUGAAGAUUUUUGAAAAGCCGCCCGAAGCCACGGAGCAGAUACCCUAUCUCUUUCACUUCACCUCGUCGGACGCUAGAUCCGAGGCCAACGCCAUCAAGGACUUGCUCUCGAGGCUGCUGGCCGACGUUCGCUCCGCCGAUCCCAGUGUCCCCAGACCAUCAGGUAGUGGAACCCCGAACCCAACGGCGAACGGUGCGAAUGGUGCCAGCGGUGCUGGCGGGUCGGGCUCGGGUUCUAUGAUGUUUGCCAGCUCCGUGAACUCGAAGCCAAGCAAUGCUCGUUGGUUUGACGAUGCUCAGCUCAAGGGCGAUAUCGAGUUGCAGCAGUCCCUCAUGAAGAAGGACCGCACGCUUCACCAGACGUACAUGGACGCGCGCGCGACGAAGCCCGAGUCGAUAUCAGACGCCGCUUUCAACGCGCAGUUCUGGUCGACCCGCACAAACCUGCUGCGCGCCCACGCCAUCGAAGUGAAUCAGCAAAAGGGCGCCUACAACGUUCUGCCCUCGAUAAAGCCACGGCUGGAGAAUGACGUGCUCAAGCUUGACAUCACCGUCGAGAUGGUCCAGCUCAUUAUGGCGCAGCACCCGCUGGUCAAGAGACUGUACGAUGAGAAUGUGCCAAAGAUCCCAGAGAGCGAGUUCUGGUCUCGCUUCUUCCUAAGCAAGCUGUUCCGCACCCUCAAGGGCGACAGGAUCACCGACGAGAGGAAGGAAGGCAUCAAGCGAGAUGCGCUCUUCGACGCCCAUGAUGCCAGCGAGAACACAGCCAUGUUCCAGAGGAAGAGCAUGGCGCAGAGUGUGCCGCAUAUUAUCGACGUCCACGCCAACGAAGAGAACCAGGGCGGCUUCAGGAGCGGAAACCAAAAGGAUAUUGAGAUGCGACCUCGCAAGAACGUGCCCAUCGUUAGCACCCUCAACAGUCUCAGCGAGAGGAUGCUUUCCAACGUGGCGCCUUCGGACCGAGAGGCCGGUCCCGAUGGUGAGGACUUAACGUGGCAGGAGCUCGCCCUCCGCGAUCUUCGAGGCGACGCCAAGGAGAACAAGAUCAUUCUGAACAUCAAGGAGCAGAACCGAUUCUUCGCCAAGAAGGAUCAGGCCAAGUCCGCUAACUCGCUUGCCUUUGCGAAGCAGAAUCCCUCGGACGUCCUCUUCGACAUCCAAACCGAUCUCGAGACAAUCGAGACGGACGGCGCGGGCGGCCUGAACCUCCGUGCUGGCAUAGGCAUCAUCGACGACAGCGACAGCGAGGAGGAGGGUCAGCGGCCACUUCAUGUCGGCUCUCGCGCCGCGCGCAAGGCCGCAGGCGACGACAUCAUGGCGGGCAUCCGCCAGCGGCGCGCCGAGAAGUAUGGCGACAUGACUACAGACGAGUCCCGCCCGAUGGGCCUCCCCACCGAGAUCGCCGAGCGUUGCUCGCUGACGCACGCGACAACGGUUGAGUUCCUGCACCAGUUCUGGAACGCGUUCCUCUCGGGCGACCCGGACCGCGCAAACGAGCUGCAAUAUCUCGUCGAGUCGCUGGGCCGGUCGGCGGAGCGUAUCAAUGCCGUUGCCGAGGAGGCCGAGCGGGCCCGCGACGACAUCAUCCGUGCCAAGAAGAAGGAGAUUAUGGAUCACUACAAGGCAACGGGCAAGAAGAUUAGGGGCUGGCGACCGGAGCACGAGAAGGGUGGGCGCAAGGCCGUGCUGGCCAUUAUGCAGCCUACGCUGGAGGCGCUUAAGAGGGCUCAGGCAGACUACAAGCGGGCUCUUGCCGCCGAGGGGGUGCAGCUUUCCACCGAGGCCUAA